AUGCUGUUACAGGCCUCAGUGUCCUUCAAGGACGUGACUGUGGAGUUCACCCAGGAGGAGUGGCAGCACCUGGGCCCUGCUCAGAGGGCCCUCUACAGAGACGUGAUGCUGGAGAACUACAGCCACCUCAUCUCCGUGGAAUCAUCAGAGCCCAUACAGGCAACCCACAUCCUCAGUUAUUUCCCAUUUACAAGGUAUUGCUCUAUAGAACCAGAAGUGAUCUUGAAGUUGGAACAAGACCCAGUGUUAGUAGAGAACAACUUUCUAAAUGGGAGUUAUCCAGGAUUUUCCUGGAAAUUAUCCUUCGUUGUACAUCAGUCAAUUCACACAGGAGAGAAACCCUAUCAAUGUACUGAAUGUGGUAAAAGUUACACCUGGAAAUCAAGCCUUAGAGUACAUCAGAGAACUCAGACAGGUGAGGAACCCUAUGAAUAUAAUGAAUGUGGUAAAACUUAUUUCAAGAAGUCAAGCCUUAGAGUACAUCAGAGAACUCACACAGGGGAGAAACCCUAUGAAUGUCAUGAGUGUGGAAAAGAUUUCCACUGCAUGUCACACCUUGGAGAACAUCAGAGAACUCACACAGGGGAGAAACCCUAUGAAUGUCAUGAGUGUGGGAAAACUUUCAGCUGCAAAUCAGGCCUUGGAGUUUAUCAGAGAACUCACACAGGGUCGAAACCUUAUGAAUGGUAUGCAUGUCGUAAAACUUACAUUGAGGAGUCAAGCCUUACAGUACAUCAGAGAACUCACAUAGUGGAUAAACCCUAUGAAUGUAAUGAAUGUGGGAAACCUUUCAGCCUCAAAGCAGUCCUUGGAAAACAUGAGAGAACACACAUAAGGGACACACCAUAUGAAUGUAAUGAAGUGGAAAAGCUUUCAUCUCCAUGUCACAUGUCAGAGUACAUCAGAGAACUCACACAGGGGAGAAACCUUAUGAAUGUAAUGAAGUGGAAAAGCUUUCAUCUCCAUGUUGCACUUCAGAAGUCAUCAGAGACCUCACGCAGGGGCAAAACCCUACAAAUGUAG